AUGGACUAUGGUACCGGAUGGACCUAUGCUGAUCCUUUGCCGAGCCGUUCAAAAGAAUCCGUGAUUCUUAUGCUGAGGAAGAUUAUUAAUAUGCACGGAAAGCCGAUAAGCAUUCUUACCGACAAUGGAGAAGAAUUUAUGUCUUACCUUGUUCAGAACUUCCUUCGUCGCCUUUUGAUCACUCACCUUCGUAUGACACCGUAUCAUCCGCAGACAAAUGGUUGUCUCGAGCAUUUUAACUAUGAAAUUGAAGAAAUGUUAAUGUGCUACUGUACUCCAAAUUCUCAACAUCUAUGGGACACUUACAUCGAAGAUGCGCUACUCGCGCACCGCGCACAUGUCAACCAUCACUCUGGAACGUCUGCCUUCUAUCUCGCCUACGGCUCGACUCCGCAUCUUCCUCAUGACUUCAUUGCCGAUACAAUUAGCAACCCUCCGACAGAUGAAGAAAUCGAGCAGCUGCAAAGUGAGCGCCUCGAGCAUGUACAGGACCUCGAACGCCUCCAUGCAGAAGUGAACGAGCGUGCCCACAUCCGUCUUGCACAGCAGGCCGAAUGCCGCGACGAACGAUACUGCGAGCGAGCAUUGGGUAUUGAAGAUCUGAUACUUCGAAGGUCAGAACCGGACUCGAAGAUCCACCCACGAUGGGAUGGACCUUUUAUCAUUCAAGACGUCACUGACAAGAACACUUACCAGCUUGCAACAAGAAACGGAUACAUUCUUCGGAGACUGUGCAAUGGAGAGAGAUUGAAGAGGUAUCAUCCAGCAACUAUUGAUCCAGAGGCCAGUCUGUGGUAUGCGAGUGCGGACUUGCAGCGAAAGGAUGCGAACGAACGAUUGAAAGCUGACCUGGUGCGUCGCCGAGGACAGCAGUGA